UGACAGCCCGUUGACAGUGAAUUGUUAUGACUUCCGAAACAAUCUAGAUUUGGGUCAAUUUAAAGUUUUUCUUUCUCUCCAAUCGAAUAACAAUACAAAGUGAAACUAUCCUUCGUAGCGCUAAUAAUGCUAAAAUCUGCUCUGUUGAUCGCUGCAACAGCAAAUCAUAUUUAAACUGACACACAAUCGCAGUACUGUUUUUAUUUUGCAUUAACUAAGAUCCUGUUUCUACACCACGACCAAUCAUGAGUUCAAAUAUUCAUAGUUACUGCUUUCUGCGGGCCCGCAAAAGCUUGUUCUCUCUGCUACGCAGUCAAUAUCAGUCCCCGCAUGCCAACUACUCCACAAACAGUGAUCGUCGCCGUGUUGUGGUAACUGGGCUAGGUGUGGUGUCGCCGGUUGGCUGUGAUGUGGAAACGGCUUGGCGAACGAUUCUUUCGGGCCAGUCGAAGAUUGGACGACUGGCUGGCGAGACGUACGAUAAGCUUCCGUGCCGUGUAGCUGCCACCAUCAACACGGACCAGAUAGAUUUAGAGAAAUGUUUCUCCAAAACAGAGCUGAAAACGAUGGCACGGGCUACCGCGUUUGCACUGAUCGCCGCCAAAGAAUCGCUUUCGAUGGCAGCUUGGACACCGCCGAUUGACGAUGAAGAAGCCUGCCAACGUACGGGUGUCGCUAUCGGGAUGGGCAUGGUUGAUCUGAUGGACAUUUGCGAGACGAACGAAGCGCUCAAGAAGGGUUACAACAGAGUCAGUCCGUUUUUCGUUCCACGCAUUUUGCCCAACAUGCCGGCCGGCCAGCUCAGCAUACGGUACGGAUUCCGGGGACCUAAUCACGCGGUAUCUACGGCAUGUGCAACAGGUGCCCACGCAAUAGGUGAUGCGUUUCGCUUCAUUCAGCACGGUGAUGCGGACGUAAUGGUUUGUGGCAGUGCGGAAGCAUGUAUAAGUCCACUGGGCAUUGCUGGAUUCUGUCGGCUGCGCGCACUAAGCACGGCAUUUAAUGAUGAACCCACCGCAUCGUCCAGACCGUUCGAUGAACGUCGCGAUGGAUUUGUAAUGGGCGAGGGAUCGGCCAUUUUCGUGCUGGAAGACUUGGAACAUGCCAAGCGCCGGGGUGCACAAAUUUACGGUGAGAUACUCGGUUACGGGUUGUCUGGCGAUGCGUCCCAUCUGACGGCACCGCGUGAAGAUGGUACGGGUGCGCUCCUGGCCAUGAAGCGAGCGAUAGCCGAUGCGGGCAAGACAAUAGCCGAUAUCGGGUACGUUAACGCCCAUGCCACAUCCACCCCGAUUGGAGAUGCCAUAGAAGCUCGCUCGAUUAGAACCCUUUUCGGAGAGCACACUAAAUCGGUCGCUGUCUCUUCAACUAAGGGCGCUCACGGACAUCUGCUCGGUGCGGCAGGUAACUUGGAAGCAUUGUUCGUUGUGAUGGCUUGCCGACAUGGUGUGCUCCCGCCGACUGUGAACCUGCACAACGUCACGGAUGAUAUGGCAGGAUUACAUUAUGUGGCCAACAGCUCAGAACCUUGGGAAGGAAAUCGCCGGCGAAUCGCGUUGAAAAACUCCUUCGGCUUUGGUGGAACCAAUGCAUGCCUCUGCAUUGGUGAAUAUAGCGAAUAAACAGGUGUCUUAUGAAUGAUUA